AGAGAACCAAAAAUGAAGCCAGUAUCCAACAACAACGAAAGAUGGGAGGAGAAGUUGAAGGCCUUAACUUUCAACGUGAAGCAAAUACAAGACAACUUGUUGGAGGAGAUACUCACACCUAACCUAAAAACUGAGUACCUCCAACGUUUCCACAUGGAUAGAUUUGAUAAAGAGCUUUUCAAGAAGAACGUACCGGUCGUGACCUACGAAGAUAUUAAGCCUUACAUCGAUCGUGUUGUUAACGGAGAGUCAUCAGAUGUCAUGUCAGCUCGCCCUAUUACCGGUUUCUUGCUAAGCUCGGGAACUUCAGGAGGUGCACAAAAGAUGAUGCCAUGGAACAACAAGUACUUGGACAAUUUAACAUUUGCAUAUGAUCUUCGUAUGCACGUUAUAACCAAGCAUGUGAAAGGUUUGGAGGAAGGAAAAGGGAUGAUGUUUCUCUUCACUAAACAAGAAUCCAUUACACCUUCUGGCUUGCCUGCCCGAGUCGCAACCAGCAGCUAUUUCAAGAGCGACUAUUUCAAGAACCGACCAUCUAACUGGUAUUACUCGUACACGAGCCCUGAUGAAGUCAUAUUAUGUUCUAACAACACACAAAGUCUAUACUGCCAUUUGCUAUGUGGCUUGGUCCAAAGAGACGAGGUUGUGAGAAUGGGUUCCAUCUUCGCUUCUGUCAUGGUCCGAGCAAUCAAGUUUCUUGAAACUUAUUGGGAAGAGUUGUGUUCAAACAUCCGAACAGGCCACCUCAGCCAGUGGAUCACCGACCUAGGUUGUCGAAGUUCGGUGUCUUUAGUCCUUGGAGGGCCACGUCCUGACUUAGCAGACACCAUUGAAACCGUAUGCAACCAGAGUUCUUGGGAAGGUAUAGUCAAAAGACUAUGGCCAAACACCAAGUAUAUCGAAACCGUUGUUACUGGUUCAAUGGGACAGUAUGUUCCCACGUUGAACUACUACUGCAGCGACCUUCCUCUCGUUUCAACAACUUACGGUUCUUCGGAGACUACGUUUGGGAUCAAUAUAGACCCUUUGUGCAAACCCGAAGAUGUUUCUUACGCUUUCAUGCCUAACAUGUCUUACUUUGAGUUUAUAACAAUGGAUGGAGACAAGCGCGAUGUGGUCGACCUUCAAGAUGUGAAACUUGGGUGCACUUAUGAACCAGUAGUCACCAACUUCUCCGGAUUGUAUAGAAUGAGAGUGGGAGAUAUCCUCAUGGUGACUGGUUUCUACAACAACGCGCCACAGUUUAAGUUUGUAAGAAGAGAGAACGUGGUCUUAAGCAUCGAUAGCGAUAAAACCAACGAAGAAGAUUUGUUUAAGGCAGUGAGUCAAGUCAAGCUCGUUCUCGAGUCAUCUGAUCUCAUGCUUGUAGACUUCACAAGCUAUGCUGACACCUCGACAUUCCCGGGUCACUACGUGAUUUACAUAGAAGUAAAGGACAAGGAGGGAGAGAGCAAGAAGAAGAAGUACGUAGAGCUCAAUGAAGACGUGUUCUCCAAGUGUUGUUCUGUGAUGGAGGAUUCGCUUGACAAUGUUUACAAGAGAUGUCGGUUCAAAGACGGUUCGGUCGGGCCUCUGGAGAUAAGAGUGGUGCGUCAAGGAAUGUUUGAUUCUCUCAUGGACUUCUUUAUCUCACAAGGUGCUUCCAUUGGCCAAUACAAGACUCCUAGAUGCAUUAAAUCAGGAAAGGCCUUAGAAUUUAUGGACGAGUGUGUGGUUGCCAGGUUCUUUAGUACUUGAAAAUGUUUUUUCUUUGAUUAUAGGCCCAAGAUUUGUUUAUAAAUAUGUUUGUUGGGGAUGUAUAGAAUCGUGUUGCGGUAAUAUUGCUCAUGUGCCUAUGCUGUGUACUACUGUAGUUUGUCUGAAUGGGAAGUGUUUUUGAUAAAAAGGAAAAACAAAACAUUAUCGAAGUGGGUUGGGCUUUUCAAGAGUAACGGGUUUUAAUAAAGCCCAAUUAGCUAUGAAAUGAA